UGCCUUUAAUGGGUAAGCUAGCUGAUCACAUGCUCCUAUUAGCAACCGGCUCACAUUUCCUUGCUGAAGAAGGAUACGAAGAAUAGACCAUCACGAUAGCUUCCUUCACUAGCCUAUAAAUUCGUACUCCAAGGCUCAUAUAUCUCACCAACCAGACACCAUUAGCCCUCUCUGAAUCUCAAAAAGGUCCCCUAGUUUCACGAUCUUUGCAACCAUCACCAUGUUUUCUCCAACGAACAUGCCUCAAUCAGUAUCCACAUUAUUCUCUGCUUAUGCCGCUUUUGCAGGAUCAGUGAUGCUUAUCCGUUCCAUGGCAAACGAACUAAUCCCUUAUGAGCUUCGCUCUUAUUUAUCCACUGCUAUUCGCUACCUCUUCACUCCUCUCUCCCCUAACAUCACCCUUGUCAUUGAUGAGCAUUGUGGCAUGUCUCGCAACCAAGUUUAUGAUGCAGCAGAAAUCUAUCUCAAAACCAAAAUUAGCCCAUCAACAGAGAGACUCAAAAUCGGCAAGACACCAAGACAAAGGACCUUCUCUGUCGCAAUCGAAAAAGGUGAGGUAGUUACAGAUGUGUACGAGAAUAUCAAGUUGAAGUGGGCUUUUGUGUGUACAGAACCACAAAACAACAGUCACUCCGGAGAAAAAAAGCGUUUUGAAUUGUCCUUUAACAAGAAGUACAAAGAGAAAGUUAUGGAUCGUUACUUGCCUCAUGUUUUGAAGAGGGGUAAAGAGAUAAAAGAUGAAGAGAAGGUUGUUAAGCUUUAUAAUCGUGAGUGUCCUUUCAAUGAUGAGGAUGGGGGUGAUCAUGGUGGCAUGUGGGGGUCCAUAAAUCUUGAACAUCCCUCUACUUUUGAUACUUUAGCUUUGGAUCCAGAGUUGAAGAAGAUGAUAGUUGAUGAUUUGAAGAGGUUUUUGGGAAGAAAAGACUUUUAUAAGAAAGUGGGCAAGGCUUGGAAACGUGGGUACCUGCUGUAUGGACCACCUGGGACUGGAAAAUCAAGCUUGAUUGCUGCCAUGGCUAACUAUCUCAAGUUCGAUAUCUAUGAUUUGGAGCUAACUAGUAUAUAUUCUAAUUCCGAUCUGAGGAGGGUUCUUCUGUCCACCACGAAUCGGUCAAUCUUGGUGAUUGAGGAUAUCGACUGUAAUAUGGAAAUGCGGGAUCGGCAACAAGGAGAGGAUCAGUAUGAUGGUUCUAACUCCAGGUUGACACUAUCUGGAUUGCUGAAUUUCAUUGACGGAUUGUGGUCAAGUUGCGGUGAUGAGCGAAUCAUUGUGUUCACUACCAAUCAUAAGGACAGGCUAGACUCUGCUCUGCUGCGUCCUGGUAGAAUGGAUGUGCAUAUUAACAUGUCUUACUGCACACCUCAAGCAUUCAGUAUUCUGGCUUCUAAUUACCUUGGCAUUCGCGACAAGAACCAUUAUCUCUAUGACGAAAUUGAAGGGCUAAUGGAGAGUACUAACGUAACCCCAGCAGAGGUAGCAGAGGAACUAAUGGCAAGUGAAAAUGCUGAUGUUGCCCUUGAAGGACUUGUUAACUUCCUUAAGCGGAAGUAUAGUGAAGCUAAUGAAGUUAAGAGUGAAGAGAAUGGCAAAGUUGGAGAUGAAGAAGCAAAGAAACUGAAAACUGAUGUUGAUGAAAAGAAAAUAGUUAAUAAGUUUAUUAAUAGGAAUAGAAUUCUUCGAGCUGCAAGAGGUGUAAGAAGAAGAAAUUGUGGGCGAAGAAUGGUUCCCCAAAAUUUUUUCGGUAUCUGAACCUUUUCUGGAUGUUGAAAAUUUUGCUUCUUGUAAAAAUGUUCUGAGAUUGAUUAAUUAGCCCCUUUGAAAA